CUUACAAUCAGGAAGAAUAUGGUUUUGGACGUGUAAUGUUAAAUGAUAAACUCCUAAGUACUGUAUGAUGUUGUCGCGUAUAUUUGGACCUUCAAAACCGCGACCAGAAAAGAGAGAAGAAAGUCCAGAACGACCAUCAACACCACCCAUCCCCAGGAUUGUCGACCAUUCACCCAAUCCAAACGUUUUAAAUGAUUUUUUGUAUUACGUUGAAGGACAUGGUAUUGUAGUUUUAGGGCAGGGGAUCAGAUUACGAACAGACCCAGAACUUUCGACACCAUUUAAGUGUUUUAAAGUAGAAAAUUGGACAUCUAAGGAAAGAGACGACUAUCUCAAUGAUGUAAGUCUUCCAAAUCAUAUCACGCUGGUGUCGGACAUCUAUAGACUAUUAUGCCAACCUGAUACACCUGGAUUUGAAGAAUUGACCGAUCCGUCAGAAAGUAAACGUUUUAAAGAUAAACACUGUGUAUUUUCUGUCCGCGAUAAAUAUAAAAAGAAAGUGUACCUUCAAGUUCCGGUAUACCAUUCCUUCGUCAAGGACAGCGACAUUAACGAUUACUGGGCGCUAAUUGAAGAUGCAGAGAACAGAUGGAAGGAGGUGCCAGCAUAUGUAAAGUUUGACUAUAUUGAAUUUCCAUGCUGUCGAAUGAAUAGCUUUUUGCUUGUGGCCCGUCCGAAGAAAUUUAAACAUGACGUGAAGUCUGAGGGGUCUGUUAUAAAAACGGGAGGAGAUGAAUGCAUGACAGUUAACUUUACGAAAGGCUGUACAGAGGUAGAACUUAAAAUAGAGUAUAUGAUACAAAGACCUAUUGGAAAACUUGAGAACAAGGACGUUUAUUCUAAGACAUUGGUUGAAGCCGUGAGCCACAAGAUAACAUUGGAUUUUAACAAGACACAACUAAAGGGACCCAUCAGUGUUUCUGCAAGACUAACCAGUGACCCGAAAAGUAACCAAGAACUAGUUGGUUCAGAUAAUCCACACGUGAAAAUGAUUGUUUUCAAUAAGAGUGAAAUCGUAGUUCUGCCAACAGGUAAAAAGACUGACACGAAGGAGUAUACUGGUCAAAUACGAGACUCUGAUGGUGUGCUUUUUGCAAGAAUUAAACCGAACCAGCUUGACCACAAGAAACUUACAACAAUAUUGACAGACGAAUUAGAAGCUUUUUAUGGUACCCGCAUGCUGUGUACCGUCUUAGUAUUUUUUCUAAAGAAAACGGACAAAACAAUUUAUUUCAUUGCAGAAUGUUGUUUGAAACAACGUGUAGAUUCUGUACUUUUAGAGCAUCAAGAACAGAAAAACAGCUUGGCAUACAGAUCGGGAGAUCUUUUUUUACCUUCACAUCAACGGAUUCGAAUUCGUCCAGAGGGAUCUUUAAAACUGAAAAAGGGUGACGGACGUCAUCCCUUUCUGUAUUUCAUGUAUACUGCAAGGGAUAAUUUUACAUCUUUUUCAGUUGAGUUUGUUGGAAGGCUAGGAAUUGCAAUGAAUGCCGUUUUAGAAUUUUCUGCUGAUAAUCAUAGGCGAGGAAAUAUUACAAGAGCAGAUUUCGAUAUUAGUAAUCUUCUACUCUCAAAAUACUUAGAACCAAAUAAAAAAUAAAGAGAAUG